CAUCCACCUGCCCAAAAGAGGAGUGUGCGCAGUCUCGUCAUUUCAGCCAUUGCUUGACAUAUUUGAAAUAGUCCAUGUUGUACAAACAAGUAAAAAGGAAGUUGUAAGUGAACCGAGGUGGCUAAUUAGUUCCUGUCGUGAGUGGGCGUGUGAUAGUAAGAAAUACAAAACUCAAAUUAAUCUACAAUCGUGCCACCUGACACCUUCAGGUAAAUUAAGCCCCGCCUGCAUGGCGUCACCGGCCUACACGGAUGGAUUUUCGAAAGGACAAAACGGGAGAACCACAACAACCCCAAAAAGUUCCCUAACGGGAAGCCGUCGUUGUACUCGGGUUAACAAUGUCGACGAGGCCGUGAGGAGGGAAGCAGGUAAGAAGCCCAUGGAGGAGUUUUUCUUCAAGUCGGCGCUGGACGCCGACACCAGCCUGGCCUUGCCGGCCGAGCCCGGCGCUCGGUCGUCGGCUAGACUUGCGUCCGGUGACCGCGGCCUGCGGGUCCAGCAGCAGGUUCAGCUCACCUUGGCACGGAAGUCCAAAAGGAGCGUGUCCAACGGCAGUGUCCACUUCAAGAGAAGCGGCGCCAAGAGUUUCGACGUUGCGGACGGACUGAGGCCUCACACCAUGGUAAAUGGCUUUGGUUGCUCUCUGCCAAGCGCCAAACAUAUGCGAAGGCCAUCCAGGAGAGUGGAGGUCUCACCCCCGCGGACGCCCGACACGGCUCAGCGCCAUUUUGUCUUCAACGGCCGCCAUUUCGGAACGUCCACCCUUCUCCCUCGCAGUGUGUCCCACAAAAACUGCUCCCUGCUCGACCGGUCGCUGAGUUUGGGUCAGCGUUACGCCCUCUCCGAGGCCCCGCGGUGGCCGCGUACGAACCCCUCCACGCCCGCCAACUCGAGCUUCCGCUUUUGCUCGGACGGCUCGUUUCGCCGGCGCGGGGACGAGUCCGGGUGGAACGAGUCAGGCUGGCAGCAGAGCGAGGGGAUGGUCUUCACCCCCCAGUUACGUGACGUAACGUGGACGUCCAAAAGUCAAAGGCUUCUCAGACUGAACACGUACCCGCCCUCGGGUAACAGUUUGGAGGUGGACAUGGGGGGGCGACCAGGGGUCGAGCUCCAUCAGAUCCAAGCCAACAACAUCUCAACUCCGAGGUCCGAGAAACCCCCGGAGAUGACGCUGGAGCGGGCCGUCAACCUGCUCUCUCAUCAGAACGAGGACACGCUGAUCAACGCCGCAGCGCUCAUCCAAUCCCAGUGUUUCAAGAGCGCCGACGCCAGGAAGAUGGUUUAUUUCCUGCGCGGCAUCAAAAAGCUGCUGCAGCUGCUCCAUAACGACGAGGAGGAGGUGCAGCGCGCCGCCGCCGCCGCUCUGCGCAACGUGGUGUACCAGAACGGCGACAACAAGAUGGAGGUGAGGGACCACGCCGGCCUGCCCGCCAUUUUGGGCGUGCUGAAGAACAGCCGCGACACGGUGACCAGGAGACAUCUCGCCGGCCUCCUGUGGAACCUGUCUUCUCAUGACCUCCUGAAGGAAAGCCUCACCAGAAACGGCCUGGCAGUCCUCACGCAGUCCGUCCUGGUGCCCAGCUCGGGCAUUUCCGAAGGGGAGAAUCCCAAAGAUGAAUUACUCGCCGACGCCGAGGUUUUGUACAACGCCACCGGCUGCCUCAGAAACCUGAGCUCAUCUGGCCCAGAUGGAAGGAAAGCCAUGAGGGAGUGCGAGAACCUCAUCGACUCCCUGGUUUACUACAUCCGACGGACCGUGUCUGACUACAAGGCCGACGACAAGUCCACCGAGAACUGCGUGUGCAUCCUGCACAACCUGUCCUAUCACAUCGAGUCGGAGCUGCCCGACAAGUACGCCGCGAGUCUCCUGCAAUCGCAAGAACGCGCGGCGACCAAGCCGAAGGAGAUCGGAUGUUUUUCUCAGCGCAGCGCCAAGACCAAAGAGCAAGAGCAGGAUGGCUGCAGGCUGCUUGAGGAGAAGGCCAACCCCCGCGGCAUCGAGUGGCUGUGGAGCUCCAUCACCAUCCGCAUGUACCUGUCGCUCAUCGCCCGCAGCGUGCGUCACCACACGCAGGAGGCGGCCAUUGGAGCUCUGCAGAACAUCACGGCGGGGAACGGAGCGGUGACGAAAUCCAUUGCCUACACCAUCGUCCGCAGGGAAAAUGGCCUCCAGCACGUGAGGAAAAUGCUGCUGGAGGGCGAGCGUGAGGUCAAGAGGACGGCCGUGUCGCUCAUCAAAAACCUCUCUCGCUUUUUCGAGCUGCACCCCGAUAUUGUUAAGCAGGUGUUGCCAGAGGCGGUGGAGCUCCUGCCCAACGACGACACUGGGAGGGACCUUCCCUCGGACGUGACGGCGUCUCUGUGCCACAUCCUCUUCAAGCUGAGCCAAAGUGACGUGCACAACGUCCGAGCCAUGUUGAGCCAGGACGCCCUCCCUAAGAUCUGCAACAUCAGCAAGACCGACAACGGUGACGGCCCAAGUAAAGCAGGCGUAGCAGCUUGUCUCCUCCUGCAUGCCAUGUGGAGGCACAGCGAUCUCCACGAGACAUACAAGAAGUCUGGCUUCAGGAAAGCAGAUUUCAUAAAUGCGAGGACCACAAAGGCGGUAAACUCCAUCUAGAAGACAUCAAAAUGUCACUUUUGUGGAACAUUUCACGUGGACAUUUGUUGUUGGUUCACAACUGAACGUUAUAGGAAUGCUUUCAUAAUUUUGUUCAAUAGUUGUUCUACACUGUUUGUAGUUUUCAUGCACAAAGUAGUACAUUGAAAAUGACUGCCGCAAUUUUUUUUUUUUUUUCUUCCAUUGCAACAGAAACGUAACCACACUGGUACAGUUCCGGAAAUAUCUUUUGCAACUUUAAACAAACUGGUGUCUCUUUCUUUGUUCAUCCAAAACAUCAAACGAAAUGACACAUGACAGCUAACUGAGUUUUCUCUCAAUAAAUGAAGCAAAGAAAAAUGUCAGCUAUUUCAUCAGAAAAUAUAUUCAUACACACUUGGCUAUGUAUGUAUUUAAAAAAAAAAAAAAAAGUAAUUCUAAAGGUUAACGUCUUAAAAAAAAAAAGACGUGCUGUUAGUUUUUGAUCCUCUAGAGAGCAGUAGUGCACUAUUUUUUUUAAUGAAGUCUAAUUUUUGCGUCCUUGAAUGUGGCCUUCAACUCAUAAUGCAUAAAAUUCCCCCGAAUCACUCCUCAUAUGCUUGAAGUGCUUGAACACUCUGAUUAAACUCUC